UGUUAUUUACCCUGCGCCGCAGAAAUAAACGCACAUUUUGCACCAGAAACGCGUUUUAAAGCACCCCCGCGUUUGCACGACACCUGGGCGUUUUGUGACAGUUUACGCUCAUUUACGGCGCCGCAAACCGGUACGAAGCGUCGAACCUUCGAAAUAAGAGCACAAUGUUUUCCGCGCUUUUCGGCACUACAGAAACAGUCAUCUGGCCUCUCUAGUCGCGCUGCUACCCGCUCCCCUCGCCUCCCAGGCGGCUUGUACUCGAGAUGAAGUGUCCAUUAAGCCUCUCGGUUCGAUAAACCAGCACCAGAGAUAAAGACACAAUAAGAGUUGAAGAAACUGCACAGACAGCAGAGAUGACUCAGGUCGCCAACCAUGGGAAGCUGCUGCUGCAGCGCCUACACCAGCAGCGUGAGAUGGACUUCCUGUGUGACAUCACCAUCAUGGUGCGGGACGUGGAGUUCAGAGCUCACCGCAACAUCCUGGCCGCCUUCAGCAAGUACUUCUCCACGCAGGCCGAGAAGGGUCAAGAGGUCACGACGCUUGACCCCGACAAGGUCAGCCGCUACGCCCUGGAGAAGCUGUUGGAGUUCAUCUACACCGGACAGAUGAACCUCAGCAGCACCAGACAAGCAGCUGUGCGUCGAGCCGCCGUGUUUCUGGGAAUAUCUGAGGCCACAAAGUAUCUGGUGGAAACCCCCCACUGGUCCGAGCUGAGCGAAACCUCCCAGUCUGAGAUGGAUAAAGAAGCCGGUCUCUCUCCUCCCAGUCCGACGUCUCCGGGCAGCCCGACCUCGCCGGUCCCCCUGUCUAUCAGCGCCGUGGCGGGGGAGAGUCAGGAGGAAGGGAAGGCCGGCGGAGAGCAGGGCGAGGAGGUGAGCCAUGUGGAUAUGGAAGAGGGAGAGAAGAGCGAUGCCGAAUACACCCCCGCCACGCCGAAGAGCACUGGAAGAGGAACGGGGAGGAAGAGAGGCCGGCCAAAAAGAUUCAGUGGUGAGAAGGCGGAGGCGAGCAGCUCGGCCGACGGCACGCCGAAAACCCAGGGCUACAGGGGGAGGGGGAGAGGCCGAGGGAGGGGGAGGGGGAGAGGCCGAGGGAGGGGGAGAGGGAGAGGCGCCAUCAAGAGGGAGGAAGUGUUUAUGGAUGAUUCAGACGGGAGCGUGAAGGACUUCGGGGAUUUCUCCGAGGACUGGAGCCCCUCCCAGGAGGACGACGACGACUUCAUGGUGAAGAAGCCCCGAUUAAGCAGCGGGGAUGGGCGUAGGGGGCGUGGUCGCGGGAGGGGGCGGGGCAGAGGGAGAGGCCGGGGCGGGGAGGAGGGGGAGGUCGGGGAUCCGUCGGAGAUGGACGAGCUGUCGCUGUCGUGCACCGAGUGCAACAAGAUGUUCAAAGACGUGAGCAGCCUGCGGCGGCACGAGAAGAUCCACAAAGGCCUGAAGCCGUUCGUCUGCAUCUUCUGCUCCAAGAACUUCAGGCAGGCCACGCAGCUGAAGACUCACCUGCGCAUCCACACAGGCGAGAAGCCGUUCAACUGCUCCGACUGUGACAAGUGUUUCGCUCAGAAGUGUCAGCUGGUCGCUCACCGUCGGAUGCACCACGGAGAGGAGAAGCCCUACACCUGUGAGCGCUGCGGCUUCAAGUUCGCUACCUCGUCCAACUACAAAAUACACAUCAGACUGCACAGCGGGGAGAAACCGUACGUCUGUGACAUCUGCGGCCAGGCGUUCGCUCAGUCCAGCACGCUGACGUACCACAAGCGGCGGCACACGGGAGAGAAACCGUACCAGUGCGACCUCUGCGGCAUGUCGUUCUCCGUCUCCUCCAGUCUCAUCGCUCACGCUCGGAAACACACAGGUGAGACUCCGUACAAAUGUUCGCAGUGUGACGGAAGUUUUGUGACGUCUUCUGAACUGAAGAAACACAUGAGGAGACUUCACCCAGAGGGGAACAACGGCGUUCAGUGUCUGCUGUGUGGAAACCGCUUCGCCAGCGUGAAGAACAUGAUCAAACACCAGGAGAAAGCUCACGCCGAUGAAGUACGGCAACACAAGGAGAGAGCCAGAGCAGUCGUCCUCCUGGCCUCCAGUCAUCCCGUAGCUUUCGUUCAGAGCAAACUGACGCAGGAAAACAAAGGCAUGUCUUCCAUCCCGGAGGGCGGAGAGCCUCCCAACCCCGAACCGACCACCCCCAAAGCCCUGCCGAUGUCCUCCACCGACGCCGCUACCACCGCCGCCAUCAUCCAGGACUUCAAGUCGGAGCCAUCUCACACCGCCAUCACCACCUCCUCCACCGCUGCUGCCGACGCCAUCGCCGCCGAACAGGUGACCUUCGACCCCGACCAGGAGCAGACCAUCAACUCGGACACGCUCCACGCUUUGGUGGAGCAGCUGCGGCCGCCGCCGUCUCCGGCCCAGAACCUGGAGCAGAUCGUCAUCAUCAGGACGGUGGACAACGGCGAGCACAACCCUCCUCAGCAGUGAGUCACAGCGGCGCUCACGGACAAUCGGUCUCCUGCAAGAGAAAUGUAGCCUGUUUCAUUACAAUCUCACAGUUACGUCUGUUAUUUUUACAGUAAUAACGAUUCACGUACCUCGUUAAUGGAUGUAAACAAACCUCCAGGUUAGAGAAACUCUUUCAAACGAAGAUGAAAUGGGGAAAUUCUCCGUCGUAAAUGUCCAUCAUCGACUUCCUGUUUCAACUUUGACCAAUCACACUUACUGUAGUUGCACUGAGGUAUACUUACCAACAUUUCAGGAUGCACUCACUUUGAGUUUCACCUCCAAAUAAAUGAGCUUCUAGUUAUUAUUACUCGUAGCAACUACAGUGAAAACUACAAAAAACAAGACGUCUGAGUUGUAAUCUAGACUGAACCUUUUCACAGAAAGCAUUCGGAGUCUUUGCUCCCAAAUAGAGAGCAGGAAGAUAUCUGAUUUUUAGGAAAACACACAACACAUUUAGCCCUUUUCAUUAAGUUCCUGGUCCUUUUUAAAAGUAUUUUUAGAUGUUUCCAGGAACUAUCGGGGUGGAGUUUUUUUGUCAGAUGAUCCUCGCCGUUCUCGAGUCUUCUACAUCCUUUUUGCAGAAUUCUCUUUCUUGCCGCUUCCAUUCAAACAUCAAAGUUGAACAGUGAGACUUUGUAAUCACUUUAUUGGUCUAAUUUACUAAAUGUUCUGAUACUGAUCCUGAUAAGAUGACUGAGAAUCUGAUUUAAUACAGAUUCUUCUCAAUAUUUCAUUUGUUUGGAGCCACAGAGUUUUGUUUUUGUGUCAUUUUUCUGACACAAAAAUGUUGUUUUUCCAUCUAAGAGAUGAAAAAAAGCAGCAACGCUUUGAGCUUAUAUGUAAAGUUUAGGAAUCAGACUGGAUCGUGGGAGAGAAAGUCUUCAUCGCUGCGUAGCUUUAAGUGAGUUUAGUUUAGAAAAGGGGAUGUUUAAGAACAAUCUGCUAAAAUGUCGAACUCAUGAUAUAAAUGUGUGAAACAUCGCUGAUUCUCUGCUCUACGUGUCUCUCCCCUUUUGGCUUCUGAUUUUCAAAUUUCACCGACUACUAAUUCACCGAAAACCUCGAUACGAACGUUUCUUAUCUGUUGCCGCUCUGAUCUGAUGGAUUAUCUAAUAUAAAUAAACAUUUAUCAGAUAAAUGUGUCAGCUGGUAACACUCUCACACUGUUUUAAUAGAUAACGUAGUCGGUAGACGACGAGCUAUGAUUUUAUUUCAAAGUGUUUGACAUGUGAUGGUGGUUUUAUCAUCAAUGUUGAUGCAAACGAGCUUUUUGUUUCAGUGUUAUAGCGUUUAUUUUUUUUAAAGCAGCUGUUUUAGUAGAAGAGUUUGAAAACUGCAUUAUAUUUCUAUCAACUGUUUUAUGCUUGAUUUCUUUCCUUCUUUCUUCCUCUUUUUUUAUUUUGGAUAUAAAUCGUCUGCAUAACUUGUACAGAAAUGUGAAUCACAUAAACAAGUUCACCGCUGUGUAAAGAACUGAACAACAGCAAAAUAAAAGAAAUAGAAAAAGAAAUAAAAAGGGAGAAUCAGAAGUGUGUUUGUCUUUGUGACUGUGAUGAGAAA